UAGGGUGUGUGUGUGUGUGUGUGUGUGUACGUACCGCAGGGUGUGUGUGUACCGCAGUGUGUGUGUGUGUGUGUGUGUGUCGCGCUGCUAGCUGCAUCCCGCUGGAUCCGGAGAGUAACAGAAUGAAAAUGAACUCUGAAGCUGAAAACUUCUUCUCACUUGCUGGGAUCCUGAUCAUCGCAGUGUCAUGUGAAGCCAUUGGACCUCCGUGGGUGAGUAGCGUUGUAGAGGAGAAGCAGAUCGCACAUUUAGGGCGUAACAUCCGCCUGCGAUGCCCAGUCGAAGGUAACCCUAAACCCCUGCUGCUCUGGACGAAGGAUGGAAGAAACAUCAAUGCGGGCUGGAACCGUUACCGUGUUCUCCAGCACGGCCUCAAGAUCAAGAACGUGGAAGCCAAAGACGCUGGAUUCUAUGUGUGCCAGGCGGCCAAUGGCUUCGGCAGCGUGUCCCUUAACUUCACCCUCACCGUCAUAGACAAUGCUGAGCCUCCGACCGAUCCUCCUCCAGUCCCAGAAGAACCCUGCCUCAGAAGAACCCUGCUGGAUCAAGCCACACAGCCAUAUUUAAAGCCACGCUUCACCCAGCCCAUGAAGAUGCGCAGACGUUUCCGAGAGCAACCCGUAGGCAGCUCGAUGAGGCUAAACUGUGUGGCCACGGGUAACCCUCCGCCAUGCAUCACCUGGUGGAAGGACCAGGAGCAGCUUCCUACUCCCACCCGGGCCAAACGCCCACAAUGGACCCUUAUGCUAAAGAACCUGAAGGCACAAGACAGUGCUCGCUACACCUGCCGUGUCUUUAACAGUGCUGGACACAUUAACGCCACCUACACAGUGGAGGUCAUUGAGCGGACAAACUCCAAACCCAUGCUGACUGGAAACCACCCUCUGAACACCACAGUGGAGCUUGGAGGCACAGCCUUGUUCCAGUGUAAAGUGCACAGUGAUGUGAAGCCCGUGAUCCAGUGGCUGAAACUGCUUGAGCCGGGUAUGGAGCGGCGCUACAACACCACCCUGCAGAUUGGGGGUCAGUACUACAUGGUGUUGCGCACCAAGGAGGCUUGGCCACGGCCUGAUGGCUCAUACCUCAACAAACUGGCCAUUGUCAAAGCCAGAGACGAGGAUGCUGGCAUGUACAUCUGCCUCGGAGCAAACUCUAUGGGCUACAACCUCCGCAGUGCCUACCUCACUGUUCUCUCAGAUACCCAGGUGGAGAAACCAGUCCCUCCAGCACAUCUAAGUUCUGGUCUUCCAUGGCCUCUGAUCAUCGGCAUCCCCGCUGCAGCUCUGCUCAUGGUUGGCACGAUUGUGUUGUGGUUGUGCCAUAGUCGCCUCCGUCACGGACCCCUACACCCUCGCUCUGCACCCUACCGAGAGCGCCACGGCCCUGAUAAAGAUCCGAACAUCCCCAGCAGUGGCAGCUCUGACUUUCCCACUCAUAGACUUAUGGGAAUGGGAUCCCCAGGCUUUGGUGGGCCUACAAAGACUUAUUCCAAUGUUUAUAUGGACAUGCACACCCACACCCAUACCCACACACACUCGCAUGCUCAUAUGGAGGGGAAAGUGCACCAGCAUUUCCACUACCAGCGCUAACAGGCUAUGCUGUGCCUAAAAUUUUAAGCUGUUAAAGCUAAUGCUGCUAGCCUGCUUUAUAUGGACAGUGGGUCUUCUGUUUCGGUCAGGAAGCUGGAUCUGAACUGCAUUACCCUUGAGCACUGACGGGAAUGUUAAAGGAAACAAAAAGCCAGCCAAACAUGGAGCAGUGUUCAUACUCUAAAUGUUCUGGUGGGCCGCAUUUACCUUGAAAACUCUCAGGGCAGUGUUUGUGUUUUAAUGGACCCAAAUCAGAUUAUUUUGUAUUUAAGAAAACAGAACUAAAAAUCAUUGCACGUCUGAAAUUAAAUAAGGUACUAGAGACCAAAUGCAAAGCCAACACAUUGACUAAACUGACCGUAGCCCACCUGUGGAAUCUCUUACAACCCUUCUCCUUCUCCUGGUCAUCAGUAGAAACAUCCACCACAAAUUAGUUGCUGUUCAGACAUUAUUUAGGGGGUGGUUCAUUCUCAGCAGUGAGACUGACUUGGUAGUUUAGGUAGUUCUGGUAUAAGUGUAGCAGUUUUUUUUAGCAUUUAAAACCCCUAAUAUUACAACUGGGUGAAAACCAGUCCACCAAACAAAACCCUGUAGUGAACUGCAUUAUGUGCUCAGAAACUGAUGAAGUACAGUUGAACAGUACUGCCUUAGAAAAUUCAGGAUCCUUAUAUGUUUUCCAGUGGUUCUUCUGGUGGAACCAUUAAAGGUUCAAUGAAGAAUAUCUGAGAAGAUUUUUAUUCAUCCAGGUGAGGUACUUUGGAAGUUGAGUCGCGUCAACUGGACUUCUUUCUUGUCCAGUUGAAACGUGUCACUAGUCAUCUAAGUAGUGCUAAGGUUUCGGACGAAUUGAAAGAAAUCCACUUCAUGUGACCCAGCUUCAAGAUUUCCAUGUAGAACCAUAAAGCAAUGUGACUUACCAUAAGCAUUGUUCUGUUUUCCUAACACAAUGUUUUUAAAUCCUGGGAAGAAUCCAGGAAGAACCCUUAAAGAACCAUUGAAUCAAUUGCAUACAUAUAGCAUGUGGUACAAAUUUCAAAUGACUUUUUUUUAUGGAAUGUGUUAGCUUGUGGUAUUUGGUACAAUCUAGCAAAAGGGCUUCUUAAAGGGUUUUAAAAAGGUUUGUUGGGUAAUGGAGUCCUUCCUGAAUGGUCCUAUUAAAUCCCUGAUCUGAUAGAGAACAUUUAUGGCUUGAGACUUAGUACACUAUUAGAGAAAGAGUUCCUUAAUGGUCUAUUUCAUCAUUAAGAGUUCUUAGCCACCAGGAAUUCAACACAGUGUACAUAGUGAAAUACAAGGUGGUAUCAAAAGGUUUCGAGAGUAGUUUUGCAAUAGAUGGCAGCACAAGUCUGCACACACAGUAACAAGGACCUUCAUAAGUCAGUGUGCUAAAAGACACUGUUCUGUGUACAUCAGGAGCUGUGCAAAUAGGGCUAUUCUGACAAAGUACAUUACGAAGUCUGCUAUUUCGUCAUAAAAUUCUGCCACAGAAACAUUUAGGCAUUUGGCAGAUGCUCUUAUCCAGAGCAACAUACAUUUUUUUAUCUCAUUACACAUCUGGGCAGUUGAGGGGCUUGCUCAAGGGCCCAACAGUGGCAACUUGGUGGUUGUGGGGUUUGAACCUGGGAUCUUUUGAACCAUAGUCCAAUGCCUUAACCACUGAGCUACCCCUUAGCUCCAUCAAAGAAACAUUUGACAUGAUUCGACAAAUUUACAGCGAUGCUACAGUGAGUGUUUUGAGGUGUUCUGAGUGGCAGACGCGCUUGCUUCGAGAGCAGAAGUGAUCAGGAAGGCCUUCAACUCCCAGAAGUCCCAAUGUCCCAAUGUCGAAACUAUUCAGCAACCUGUUCAUGAUGAUCGUCUGAGAACAAUCCACAUUAUGGCUGCCAUCGUCUCUACAGUAUGUUAUGUCAUACAGAAUAGUCCAGGCAAUCCUCACAUGUGAUUUGAACACCAGUUCUUUUCCAGGCUGCUAACCUAUGAGCAGAAAAAAUAUUGCAUCAAAGUGACAGUGCAAGAGCCCAUAAUCUUCCUGGCCAAAAAUGGUGAAGCAGGUCCGCAGCUCGACCAAUGGAUGCCCAUCAUCUUUUUCAACGUUCACGGCAUCGAGAAUGUGUCCCCAGGGGCCAGAGCAUCAAUAGCAAAUUCUACUACCAGGUUGUAAAGUGUCUAAGUAAGGACAUACAGUACGGCAAAAAAAAACAUCUUGAAACUUUUUGAUCGCCUCUCGUGUAAGUAACCAGCAGUAGAAUGUGACCCAUGUAGCCAUGUUCAGUGUGACAGCUGACCUUGGAAUGAACCCAUGCUCAGAGGUCCUUUCCACUAAGUGAGGUGUAGCAAUGAGAUGACUAAUGCAUCGUUGGCCAAAAAUGGCGAAACAGGACCGCAGCUCAACCAAUGCAUCCAGUAUACAAUAAGAAUAUGCAGCACAGUGUUGGAAUAUGCAAACCUGAUAAGGAUUAGCAGUUCUUCUUACAGUGUUCAAUUUUAUUUCAAUAAGAGCAUAUCAGUAACUCAUACUGUGGAUAUUUUGCAAUUUACUGUUAUUAUAUUCCUUCUUUUAAAUGUGAUUCCUUUGUGAAGACUGAAUAGCUGGGUAAAGAAGCAGAAAACCAAAUGAGGGCUUUUUUUAAGUGUCUUCUUUUUACAUUUGUUUUUGUUUUGUUUUAUUUGUUAUUAUGUAUUCAUCUAAUUAUAUGCAGUAUUAAUAUUGUUUAUCCUGUCCAGAAUAUGCAAAAAUCAGAGAACAAUCUAAAAGCCAUACCAUGCAUUUACUUGCAAUAUUUACAAAGUUAGUUUUGUAUCUGGGGACAUGGUGGCGAAGUGGUUAGCACUGUGUCCUCUCAACUAAAGGGUCGAUGGUUCGGUUACUGCCUCGGGUCUAUGUGCAUUUAGUUUGUGUGUUCUCUCCAUGCUUGCCGUGUUUUUAUCCCACAGUCCGAAAGUGUGUUUACUGGGGUUUCAAAAUUGCCCAUAGUGUGAGUAUGUGUGUGUGUGUGUGUGUGUGCCCUGUGAUGAAUUGGCACCCUGUCCAGGGCGUACCCCACCCAAGUACACUGAGACCAGGCUUCUCACGACCCUGUCCCUGAUAAGCUGUAUAAAGAUUAAGUGAGAGAGAGUUUUAUAUCUAAGACAUUAAAAUAAAUAAAUAAAUAAAUGUACUGUUUUUCACAAUAUUGCGGUGAGAUAAUCGUCUUUAUGUAUUAUUUUAUUGAGAUAAACUCUUUAGCCUUCUUUGCUCUAUAAAGCUCCCUUUACAGAAUACAAAUAUUGUAAAUAGUGCUACAUGGACACUGCGAUUUCACUGUGGUGCUGAUGUAAGCAUAUUUGAAAUAGUAUUUUUAUAAUAAACAAACAAUGUUGAUCUGUG